GCAGGGGCUGGACUGGGAGGAGAAAUAGAUAAACUAUUAAAACAGAAAGGAAAAAAAAAGAGAGAGAGAAAUUCCAAGCACUGAUCUGGCCGGUCGGGUCGGCUCAAGCAGGAGGCGACAAGCAGGAAGCCUGCGGCUGGGGAAGCUCCAAAGGCCCACCCCACCCUGCGUGGACUUUGCCUCCCCCGGAAGACGCCGUGUGAGAUGCUGGCAGCACCCGCGCCUGUUACCUGAACACGCCAUGGCAGACCUUUGCAGUGUGCCCCCCGAAAUCCUGGUGCCAGCUGCCAACGAGACACUGGACCUGGUGCUGGGGAGCCAGGUCGAGCUGAACUGCACUGUACGCUGGGUGGGCACCGAGCACUGCCAGCCCAUUCCUGCCUGGAGCAAGGAUGGGCAGUGGCUGGGCAACAGGAGCAGCCGGGACACCGUCUGGUCUGGCCAAAACUCCUCGGAGCAUCUCCUGGCCAGCGUCCUGCAGCUCAACCUCACCCAUGAUGCCGAUUUCGGGGUGUUUGCCUGCUGGUUCAGCAAUGCCACAGCCACCUUCACCCUGCAGCGAGCAGAGGCGGCAGGGCACGUGCCAGCAGUGCUGGCAGCCCUCCUGGUCCUGGUGUUCCUGGUGCUGCUGGCUGUGCUCUAUGUCCAGUGCCGCCUGAAUGUGCUCCUCUGGUACCGGGACCGCUACGGAGAGCUGGAGAUGAACGAUGGGAAGCUGUACGAUGCCUACAUCUCCCACGCCACCGCCCCUGAUGACCGUAAGUUCGUCCACUUCAUCAUGAAGCCGCAGCUGGAAAACCGCCACGGCUACAAACUCUUCCUGGACGAGCAGAACAUCCUGCCCAACUCAGAGCCAUCAGCUGACCUCAUCAUGAACGUCAGCCGGUGCCGGCGCCUCAUCGUGGUGCUCUCAGUCGCGUACCUGGAGCAGGACUGGUGCAGCAGCAGCUUCAGGGAAGGGCUCUGGAGGCUGCUGGAGCUUUCCAGGAAACCCAUCUUCAUCAUCUUCGAGAGCCAGUACCGGGAGAUCACUCACCCUGCCAUCACCCUGCUGAAGCAGCACCGAAGCGCCGUCACCCUGCUGGUGUGGAGAGCCAGCUCCAUGACCCCAUCGUCGGACUUCUGGAAGGAGCUGUGCCUGGCCCUGCCGCGCAAGGUGUCCUUCCCGGGGAGCGUGGGGGACCCGCAGACCCAGCUGCAGGAGGACAAGGACCCCAUGCUGAUCCUGCACAGCAGCUACCUGGACAGCGCAGGAGACCUGGACCCGGACGGGGACCUCGGCACAGGCCUCCGCGGGCGUGUCUUCGGAAGCCCCCUGCCGCCCCGCCUGGGUGAGCGCAGUGCUCCCAGGGCUCCAGCAUCCAGUGGGAUGGAGGAUGCGCAGCUGCAGGACAGGCAGCGCUCCGAGCUCGACGUCUCCGAUCUGGGAUCGCGCAACUAUGGCGCCCGCACAGACUUCUACUGCCUGGUGACAGAGGAUGACGUCUGAGCAGGACCUCAGGUGUCCCCCAUCCCUGUGGGGACACAUGGACCAGAUCGGGCCGAGGAGCCUGGGAGUUACGGGAUCAGAGCCAUGGCCAUGCUGGGAAAGCAGGAGCUGGCUCCAAAGUGGAAAACUGGAAAACCAUCGCCAGGAGCACCCUGCCCGUAAUACCUCAGUGCCAUCUCUGGGUGCCACCCAGCUGGCUGGGCCCUGUCCCUUGCAGUGGGUGGCAGGGGCGUGCUUCCUGCGUGAUGGACAAGUGCUGGCAUGGGUGAUGCUCUCCAAGGAAAAACAUGCCCCAGCCCCAGGGAGUGCCUGACAGGAGUGGAGUUAGCACCUUUGUCCCAUAUGGAAACCCCUGUGAUAAUAAAAGGCUGCUGCACCCA